UAUGUCGUAAAAGUGCUGUACUUGUUGGCUAGAAAUCAUGGAUAAUAUGAGUUUAAAAGAAAUACAGAGUAGAUUGUUACUAUGGGAAUCUCCUACAAAUCCUCUAGCACCGCUUACAUCUUCCCAAAGGGAAGCAAUAUUAGAUUUAGAAGCUCUUUUGCUAGGCGAACCGACGGAGGCUGAAGAUGAUAAUGUGCAAACUAGUGCAGCGGAAGAUGUGGAUAAAAACGCCGUGCCCCCGGUGGACACGACUUACGAUUUUCUGGAGUGGUAUGAGAGGCUCUCUGAGAGUAACGUGGAGGAAGCAGACGCACCUUAUAAAGCUUAUUACAAACAGUUAGAGGAUAGACGAAAUGAGUGUGUUGCUUUAACUAAUCAGAUUGGUGCCACAAUGUCGGACUUGGAGAAGCUGUCAGGGGAGUACAACUUGGUCUCGGACAAGACAAACGCAUUACACACCAUGAGCGAGCAGUUGCUGGCAGACCAGAAUAAACUAUCUAGCAUUGGUGAUGACAUCCGGCACAGGCUGCACUACUUCAACCAGGUGGAGCACCUGUCGCAGCGGCUGAGCAGCACCACCAUGUCCGUCAACAGCGAAGCUUUCUUCAACCUGCUGGCCAAGAUUGAUGAGUGCUUAGAGUACAUGAGGACUAAUAACACUUUCAAAGAGUCUCACACGUACCUAGUGAAGUACCGGCACCUACAGAGCCGCGCGAUCUCCUUGAUACGUUCCUACGUCACCCACGUGCUCGACCACGCUACAGAGCAAGUGCUGUCACCUAAGGAUGAAGACGCCAGCGAACAGGAGAACAUGGACACGGCGUAUGCGGUGUACUUCGGCAAGUUCCAGGCCACCGUGCCCAAGUUGAAGAUGGUUAUCGAGGAGAUUGAGGCGCGAGCAGAGAAGAGUCCCGAGUACGCCUCACUGCUGUCGGACAUCCAGCACGAGUACGCGGCGCGGCGCGCGCGCGUGGCCGGCGCGCCCACGGCCGCCGCGCUGCGCGCCGCCGCCGCCCGGCACCCGCGCGACCACUGCACGCUGUUGCGGUCGGCGUGUUCGUUGCUAGCUCACGCCAGUAGUGAUGAAUGCGCGCUGUAUUCGCGACUUUUCAGUAAAACCUGUCCCGCUAUACAAGAAUAUCUGCAGUCUUUGUGCAACGGGCUGUACGAGACGCUGCGACCACAUAUCAUACACAUCAACCACUUGGAAACCCUUGCCGAGCUUUGCGUCAUCCUACGAGUGGAGGUUUUAGAGGAGCAAGUCGCUAAUGAUCCGGAGACGUUAGCAGCGCUGGGAGCGUGCGCUUGCGCGCUGCUGCAGGACGCGCAGGAGCGGCUCGUGUUCCGCGCGCACGUGCACCUGCGCGCCGACGUGCUGCUGUACCGCCCCGCGCCGCCCGACCUGCAGUACCCGGGCAAGCUGCUCAUGAUGGAGCAAAUCGCCCUCUCCAUCCAACAAGAGCAAUCCCUCAAGCGUUCGGACUCCCGCAACUCUAUGGUAUCGGACAUCUCGGCGACGUCCCAAGAGGUCGCCAACAUCAACGUGGAGGCCCAGCGGAGGCCGGUGGCCUCCCCGGCCGACCUGCACGGCAUGUGGUACCCGGGGGUCAGGAGGACCUUGGCGGCGUUGUCUAGGCUCUAUAGGUGUUUAGAAAAGAAAGUCUUCCAAGGCCUAGCGCAAGAAGCGAUCUCCCUCUGCGUGCAAAGCCUUGACAGCGCCUGCAAGCAGAUCUGCGCCACACAAACCAACAUAGACGGCGAACUCUUCCAAAUAAAACACCUCCUCAUUCUGAGAGAGCAAAUAGCCCCUUUCCAAGUCGAUUUCGUAAUAAAGGAAACCACUUUAGACUUCAGUAAUAUGAAGAAUGCAGCGUACGGGUUACUACAACGACCUAAACAGAUUUUCUCAUUAAAUAGUAACAAUGCUUUGUUAGAGUUUUUAUUGGAAGGCACGCCGAUGGUGAAGGAGCAUUUGCUGGAUUCGAGGAAGGAGGUGGAUAGGCAGUUGAAGAGUUGCUGUGAGAUGUUCAUUAGGCAUGCUACUGAGAUUUUGACCGGGCCUCUGCUUGCUUUUGUCGAAAAGGUCCAAGCCUUCACCCCAGCAGACCAGAUCAGGACCCAGCCGUGGGCGUCACCUGAAGAAAUGGCGGUAGUAGUGAAAGAAGCUCAGAGGCUCAUCAAAGCGCAUCUGGCUUCCCUGCAGCGGUCCAUGCAACUGUAUCUGGCUAACAAGGAGACGGAAUUUAUACUGUUCAGGCCUAUUAGGAACAAUGUUGUCGGCUACUUCGUGCAAAUCGAGCAGCUUCUAACGAACGGAGGCUAUUCAUACGAAGACGCGCUCCUAGUGGCCUGUCCCACUCACGAGCAGAUCUCCGUGUUCAUAUCCUCAGCCAGCCUUAUCAGCCACAAUGAGCCGGUGUUGCCAUAUGGGACAAAGAGGAAGAUCAGCACAGUGCGCAAGCCCAGUGUUACCAGCGUUCAGGAGAAAGAGCUUAGUGAGGCCACAGAAACUAUGAAUGUGUGAUGAUUUGAGGAGAUUUGGGCUUGAAAUGAUUGUAUUUAGUUAAAAUUAAAUAUAUUGCAAUAUGUAAUUUUAAAUAUUGGCUUCAAAUUUUAUUUAUAUGACAUAAUUUAUAAAUGAAAACAUGUGUAUUGGAAAACAGAAUUGUUUAUUUACAUCUCAUUUACUUAUUCUCCUAUAAUAAAUACACAUUCUACCAAA